UAACUGAACUUCCAGUUUCAGUUUUUGUUUUUCCCCCCCCAAAUCUCUCGUUAUCACCAAUGGCUACCAAACCCUAAAAUCUUCUUCUUCUUCUUCCCUUUCAACCAGUUUUCAAUUCUUUCUCCGAUGGAAAAUUAUUCCUACUCCUAUGCUGAUUCUCGAGACUCCUCUCCUCGUUCCAGUGAUAACCCCUCUUGGGACGAGACGCCUUCCAACCUCAACGCCGUCAACAAUUACAAAGUCAAAUUCAUGUGCAGCUAUGGCGGCAAGAUACAGCCCAGAGCUCAUGACAAUCAACUCACUUACACCGGUGGCGACACCAAGAUUCUCGCCGUUGAUCGUAUUAUCAGUUUCUCCGCGCUCUCCUCCAGGUUAUCUGCUCUCUGCAAUGUUACUGUUUGUUUUAAGUACCAACUCCCUGGCGAAGAUCUCGAUGCGUUGAUUUCUGUUACUAACGAUGAGGAUCUCGAACAUAUGAUGUUAGAGUACGACCGGUUGCAUCGCGUCUCGAAGCCUGCGAGGAUGAGGCUUUUUCUGUUCCCUCUAAAUCCAUCUCCCUCGACGAUUCUUGAUUCCCGGGAUUCUAAAUCGGACAGGCAGUGGUUCGUCGAUGCUUUGAAUUCUGUGCGGAUUCAGUCUCUGGAAGAUUCGUCGCCGCCUGUGGAUGUUUCUGGAUCUGUCUCGAAUCCUGAUUUCUUGUUUGGAUUUGAUAAAGGUUACCAUCCGCCUCCGGUUUCUUGUUCUAACUUGACCGAUUCGGCCGCCGUUCAUAACGUGUCGAAUAUGGCGGUGAAGGACAUUUCGGCGGGGUCUGAUUGUGGAUCUGAUGAUCGUCAUGUGGUCGGAGAACCUGUUGUUUCUCCGUCGGAGUUUCAGAGGCAGAUUCAGGAUUUGCAGCAAGUGAUAACCGAGAGAAGUAGCAAUGAGACUGACUCCAAGUCUUCUGCAAGCGAUCCUCACCCACCAAUGGUUGCAGAGAAAAUUGCUCCACCACCGACAGCAGUUCCUCUGUCUGUACCAUUGGCAGUCCCUGCGGCGUACUUCCCUGAAAGGCAGGUGAUCUCCGGUGGUUAUCCAGUGGCUGCAUCAGCCAAUGCUCCGUCGACCGACCAAUCAAUAUAUCUAAUUCCAACAGCCGGGGGUUUAUUUCAAGCUCAGACGUGUAGACCCAUCAAUGGACCAGUUGGGCACCAGCCUUAUUACGGAAUGCAUGCAUACCGUGAAGCCCAGGUUCACAGUUCGGUUGCACCUUACACCACAGAGGGAAUUCAAGUGAUGCAGACAAGUGUUGCGAUGAAUGAGUCUGGCUACACUCAGGUUGCGUAUGACAACACCGGCAGACAUGUUUACUUUACCACCGCGCCGCCUUAUCAGACCAUGGCUCCGGUGGGGGUUGAUCAUGGGAGACCUACUACCAGUGGUGCAGGCUCCUAUAAUCCGGAGGGUAAUGUGAUUAACGCUUCCAAGGCCUCUGGUUUGUGAUUACAAAAAGAGAACGUGGGUAAAUCAUUUUUCAUCGUCAUUAGUAUAAUAAAUUGAGUUGUGGGUGGAUGAUCAUAUAGGUGUUGAUGAAUUUGUAUCGUCAUUGUUUGAUGUCUAUAUUGAGAAAUGAAGGGAUUUAUGUUCAG